AUGGAGGAGUCGGGUAGCAUAGACUUUCCGAUCGGACGUCACAUGUGGAUCUUCUCUCACGGCUUCUGCGGGAAACCUCCGGGCACGGCCAUCUCCCUUGCAUUGACACAGUGCGAGAGCGACGAAUUCACUUGCAACAACGGAAACUGCAUACCCCUGCAUGAAGUGUGCGACCGGCGGGCUCAAUGCACCGACAAAAGUGAUGAACUAAACUGCACGCUGGUUCUUAGGCCUGAGGGGUACCAGCCGUCUCUACCCCCGGAGGCCCCCCUGUCUGAAGGACCGCUUCCCGUCAUCCUAAACAUCACCAUAGACUCCUUCAAGGAAAUCGACGCUAUUAACAGCAGAUUUAUCGUCGAGCUUCAGAUCCGCAUGAUAUGGAAGGACGUGAGACUACACUACUUAAACCUCAAGUCCGACAGGCAGCUGAAUCUCGUCCUGGAGGAAGCUGCGCGUGAGAUGUGGGUUCCCGCCGUAGAUUUUCUCAACGCCGAGAACAACGCAAAAUCACGAGUCGAUUCGAAUUCCAAGAUUACGAUUAUGAGGACUGGCGCCAAAGAACCGGAUAAUGUGGAAAUGUCGAGGGAAGCAAUGAUCUACGAUGGGAGAUACAGCUUUAUCCGCAUUUCUCGAAAAUACACAGCCACGUUCGCCUGUACUUUUAACUUCUUUUACUACCCUUUCAACACCGAUUUCUGCAAGAUGAUCUUUCGAGUUAACCGGAACAACAAACCUUAUGUGAAGCUGAUUAGAUACGGCCCGGGUGUCACGUACGACCACAAGGACAAGCUCAACGAGUUCUUCAUCGGCAGAAUGAGAAUGGUCACGUACAACAGUCAGGCACCUUAUUCGGGACAACAGAUCAUUGUGGAGAUGCAGCACCUCUACGGCUCCCAGAUCCUGACCAUGUUCGUGCCCACCACCAUCAUCAGCCUCAUCGGGUACGGCACCUUCUUCUUCAAGUGGUACGACUUCACCAACCGCAUCAUGGUGUCCCUGACGGUGCUGCUCGUGCUGACGCAGCUCUUCUCGCAGACGACGGACAUGCUGCCCAAGACGUCCUACUUCAAGCUCAUCGACAUCUGGUUCUUCGGCUCCAUCACGUACACGUUCGUGGUGAUCGUCGUGCACACGGCGGUCGAGUACAUGCACGUGUACGACCACGAGAUCGAGGACCUGCACGAGAAGCUUCAGCGAGCCGCCAACUUCUACCGCGAGAUCACGCCCACGCCCACGCCAGGGAUCUCCGACGCCGUCAGACGCUUCAGCGACUCCGACGAGCCUCAGUCGGUCCCGGAGACGUUGGCCAUCGCCAGGGACGACGAGGGCAUCGAAGGCACCCGCCGCCGCCGCCGCCGUCGCCGCCGUCGCCACCACCGCCACGGCCACAAGAAGCGAGAGAAGAAGUUCAGCAGGAACUACCUCCUGCCGGUGGUCAUGAAGGCCAGGCUGCUGUGGAAGGCCAUGCAGAGGCCGGAGGCGAAGGGCGACCGCAACCCCAACUUUUGGCCCAUCGUGGUGGACAAGCUGGGCAACAUCGUCACCACCCUCGUCUACAUCCUCCUGAACCUCAUCUUCUGGACGGUGGCCUUCGCGCAGCACGUCCACGAGCCGCUCAUGGACUUGGACGACCCCAGCUACGUGGACUCGGUCGAGAACGCCACCAACAGGGUGUGGCCGGUGGACUGA